AUGCAGACCCUUGCCCGCACCAGCCGCGUGGUCGCGCCUCUCGCGCGUGCCAAGGGUCUAUCAACUGUUGCGAAGCCGUUCCAGAGCUUGGCAGUGUCGCGCAAGGUGGCGGCGCCGCUCCACGCCGCAACCAAUGACGCGGCCGCCUCAGCCAGUGAGCUCGCCGACAAGGCGGCCGCGAAGGCCAAGGAGGCCGCGUCUGUCGCGGUGGACAAGGCCAAGGAGACGGCCACCAAGCUGAAGGGCGCCCUCAACCAGGCCACCCUGGACGUGGACAUCAGCCAGUUUUUGAAGUUCAACUUUGCGGCCCAGGUGGCGCUCACCGCGGUCUCAUGGUUUGUCGUGUUCACCACCUCCCACGCCAACAUCGUCAAGGGCACGUCGGUGAACCCUGUGGCGCUUAUCCUGCUGGUGGGCGUGGCCCUGGCCGGCUACAGCGCCUACCUGUCCUUCACCUACCUGACUAAGGCCAAGAAGGAGGGACUGGGAGCCCUGGACGGCUGGGCGCAACUCAACGCGUUCUACGAGCACGCCACCUUCAACUUUAUCGGCGCCGCCGCCGCGAUCCUGGCGCUCUUCGCCUCCGUCGGCACGCUGCUGGUGCAGUCCCAGAGCAGCUUCGCCACCGAGGCGCUGGCGCAGGCGGCCGGCAACGUCGUGCUGGCGCACCUGGUGUCGCUGGCGUUCCUGACGGUGCUGACCCGCAAGAUCGUGGGGGCCUACGAGAAGCUGGCAGCGUGGUCCACCGAAUUCAAGAACUCAAUCGCCAAGCUGGGCGCAUGA